AUAAAUUUUUUUUUGUUUCAGAAUGAUUUUAAGUUGUUUUAGAAGAUUUCGUCCCGUUGUGAACAAGCAACUUAUCUUUUAUGCUUGCUCGUCUGUUAAUGUUUCUCAGAAAAGACAAUGCGGUGAUAUAUCUCAAUCUAAACUUGAGAUAUUUAAAGAGAUAUUUGACGAGAGUGAAGACAAGGAUGAAUAUCUGAAUCUACGGAGUAGAUAUUUUCUCCAGGAGAACCUGGGACACCAGGUGAUCAUUCUUCAACCCUUUCUCAGGACUGGAAACUCUGAAACUACAAAAGAGCUAAUGCUGGACGAGUCCAAGGCCCUCAUUGAGACUCUCAACUGGAAAGUUGUCAAUUCUAUGUGUAUUGGUUUAAGCUCCUUUAAGAAAGCUGAACUAUUUGGUUCCGGUAAACUUGCAGAAAUCCAGGAAUUAAUAUCCAACGAUCCUAGGAUAACCGCGGUGUUUCUCAGCUUAUAUCAGCUCACCACCACUCAGAGGAUCCUACUGGAGAACAGGUUCAGUAUACCGGUUAUAGACAGGUAUAAUCUAGUUCUGCAGAUAUUCCAUCAGCAUGCUAGGACACGGGAGGCUAAGCUCCAGGUUGCACUAGCUGAGAUUCCGUAUAUCAGGAAUAGGAUUUGUGUCGACUAUGAGCGGGAACAGAACUCAAAACACAGUAAGAGUAACAUGGGAGAAUCUUCGUUUGAAACUCGACGAAAUUCUCUCAAGAAACUCGAACGGAACAUAAGAUCAAAAAUCGAUAAGUUGAAAGCACAAAGGAAAAAGUUAAGGGAAGGAAAGAAUCGUGAAAAGUUUAAAACUUGUGCAGUAGUCGGAUAUACAAACUGUGGGAAAACAUCCCUGAUUAAAGCUCUGACUGGAGAAGAUCUUGAACCUAAAAAUCAGCUGUUUGCAACUCUUGAUGUAACCUGUCACCUAGGUGUCCUACCCUCAAACCUCAAGUGUAUAUACAUAGAUACUGUUGGGUUCAUCAGUGAUAUUCCUACCCCUCUUAUAGCAUCCUUCAGUGCUACACUAGAAGAUGCGGUACAAGCUGAUAUGAUUCUACAUGUACGAGAUUUAUCCCAUCCGGAUACAUUACAUCAAAAUUCCCAAGUUCUCGCAACAUUUAACAAGCUUAAUUUUCCGCUCUCUGCUAGAGAGAACAUAAUAACAGUCGGGAAUAAGAUCGAUAAAGUCGGGACGGAGACUAUCAAAUCGUUGAUAAAUACUGACGUUAUACCGGUCUCAGCAACAUUAAACAUUGGUCUUACUCAUCUUUCUCGAUCCAUAGAGAGACUACUGAUAAAACUCUCAGGGCGGAGAAGAAUGGUUUACAGGGUUAGGACGGGAGGAGAGGAGCAGCUGUGGUUGCGGAGAAAUGGAACUGUGAUAUCUAGCGCUGUAGCUGAGGAUUUAAAUUAUUCUGAUAUGACCGUUUUAUUAAGUCCGGAAGAGAUUGGAAAGUUUCAUGCAACAUUUAUAAAUGUUUAAUAUUUCAGA